AUGGACUUUAUAAAGAAACAAAUAUAUGGACCUGAUCCAAAGGAACAAAUGAGAAAGAUUAAUCAAUUACUUCGGAAGAAUAAACGUGAAUUAGAUAGAUCACUAAAUCAACUUCAACCUUUAAAGAAGAAAACUGAAACGUUAAUAAAAAAAGCUGUAAAAGAUAAGGAUUAUAAAACAGCAAGAUUAUAUGCAAAAGAAUUAAUCAAUGUUAAUCGACAAUAUAAUAAACUUUAUACUUCAAAAACUAGAAUAGAUUCAAUUACAAUGUCGAUAAAUGAACAAUGGCAGAUGAACAAAUUGACUCAAUCGAUUCAUGCCCUGACUUCAGUUAUGAAGGAUGUUAAUCAAUUAAUUCAUGUUGGAGUAGUAACUCAAACCAUGCAAGAACUAUCAAAAGAAUUAUUGAAAGCAGGUAUUAUUAAUGAAAUGAUGGAUGAUAUGAUCGAUUUAGAUUAUGAACAAGAUGAGGAAUUAGAAUCUGAAUCUCAAGAAGAAGUAAAUAAGAUUAUUGCCAGUUUGACUGAAGAUAAAUUCGCCAAAAUUAGCAAUGAUGUACCCAAGAAUGAAUUGGAAGCAAAAGAAGAACCAGUGCAAGAAGAAAUUGAGGAAGAAGAUCAAAUAGCACUUGAUGAAAUGAGACAAAGAUUACGUGCAUUACAAUAA